UCAUAUCCUAUUGCUGAGUCAUAUCCUAUUGCCAAGAAGUCAUAUCCUAUUGCCGAAUCAUAUCCAAUUGCCGAGUCAUAUCCUAUUGCCAAGAAGUCAUAUCCUAUUGCCGAAUCAUAUCCAAUUGCCGAGUCAUAUCCAAUUGCUGAGAGGUCAUAUCCUAUUGCUGAGUCAUAUCCUAUUGCUGAGUCAUAUCCUAUUGCCAAGAAGUCAUAUCCUAUUGCCGAAUCAUAUCCUAUUGCUGAGUCAUAUCCUAUUGCCAAGAAGUCAUAUCCUAUUGCCGAGUCAUAUCCUAUUGCCGAGUCAUAUCCUAUUGCCGAGAGGUCAUAUCCUAUUGCCGAGUCAUAUCCUAUUGCUGAGUCAUAUCCUAUUGCCAAGAAGUCAUAUCCCAUUGCCGAGUCAUAUCCAAUUGCUGAGUCAUAUCCUAUUGCCGAGAGGUCAUAUCCUAUUGCUGAAUCAUAUCCUAUUGCUGAGUCAUAUCCUAUUGCCGAGUAA